GCGGAAAGGCCAAUUUUGAUAAAUGCCUCGAAUCAUCUGUUGGGUCGCCUGGCAGCUGUCGUGGCCAAGACAGUACUCACUGGACAGCGUGUGGUUGUUGUCAGCUGUGAGAAAAUUAACAUCUCUGGUUCAUUCUACCGGAACAAGUUGAAGUAUCUUGCAUUUCUUCGCAAAAGGUGCAAUGUGAAUCCCAAGCGAGGGCCAUUCCAUCACCGGGCACCCUCAAAGAUUUUCCAGCGGACAGUUAGAGGAAUGCUGCCCCACAAAACCACUCGUGGCCAACAGGCACUCAAGCGUCUUAAGAGUUUUGAGGGUGUUCCUCCUCCAUAUGCCAAAAGAGCUCGCAAGGUAGUCCCUGAUGCUAUGAGGGUUACUCGUCUGAAACCUGGCCGUAAGUUCUGCUAUUUGGGCCGCCUCUCCCAUGAAGUUGGCUGGAAGUAUAAGAGCGUUGUUGCAACAUUGGAGACACGCAGGAAACUGAAGGCUGCUGUCCUUUACAAGGCAAGAAAGGCAGACAUGCGACUGAAGAAACGGGCCAUGAGUAAGGUAGCAGGAAGGAUUGAGCCAUACUCCAAAGUUAUUACCAGCUAUGGUAUCUCCAGUUAAUAAACUACUUUUUCACUGGA